AUGAAGGAUGGAGACCGCGUUAAGUGUGAUGCCACCUCCCAUAUCAAGGAGGAUUGCCAGAGCGAUGUCUCCGCCUGCUCUGUCGGCGCAUCUACAUCUGGAGAGUCAUGGAGUCCAAAUCACAAUCUGCAAUCAUCCCCAAACGACUGGAUAACAAUUCUUUUCCGAUUCACUCUUAGUCCACCCCGGGAUUCUCACUUUUUGUGGGACUCUUCUCUAGAGAAUUUGCAGUAUCAUGACGUACAUACAAAUCUCAAGAAAUGCGAACGAUUGAACCACGUUGCACGUUAUCCAGUUCAUCCAAGCAGUGCCGCGCCUCACGACACUAAGUUCUCAAAGACUUACCUCAACAAGGACAGAAAGUUCUUGUCCGCCGGAAUGCUUCUAUAUUAUCUGGCGGCCAUAUUCAAGGGCUUACAUCCGCGAGUCGACGACGAUUUUGUGGACAAGCUCAAUUAUCACUACACUUCUGCUAUUAUAUUCGCGUUUGCGAUUAUUGUUUCUGCCAAGCAGUACGUAGGUUAUCCUAUACAAUGUUGGGUGCCUGCUCAGUUCACCGAUGCUUGGGAACAAUACACCGAAAACUAUUGUUGGGUGGAAAACACCUAUUACCUGCCGUUAACCAGUGCCUUUCCUUUAGAAUACGGUGACAGGAGGGCGCGGCAAAUCAGUUACUAUCAAUGGGUGCCGUUCGUUCUUGCACUCGAAGCGUUAUGUUUCUACAUCCCGUGCAUAAUGUGGAGAGGAUUGCUGCAUUGGCAUUCUGGAAUCAAUGUGCAAUCAUUGACUCAAAUGGCAUGCGAUGCACGAAUGAUGGAUGCUGAUGCGCGAGCAGCCACUGUGCAGACAAUUGCAGGUCACAUGGAAGACGCCCUCGAAAUACAGAGAGAGGUCACUGAUGUGUCUGGAAUGUGUGUACAGAAGCGGUGGGCCAAUUAUGUGACAUUAUUAUAUGUGUUUAUCAAAAUGCUCUACCUGGGAAACGUGGUGUUACAAGUCUUCAUGUUGAACAGUUUUCUAGGCACUGAUAACUUAUUCUAUGGCUUUCACAUUUUGAGAGAUUUGUUGAAUGGCCGAGAAUGGGAAGUCAGUGGAAACUUUCCACGUGUAACUAUGUGUGAUUUUGAAGUACGAGUACUGGGUAAUGUGCAUCAUCACACAGUCCAAUGUGUUCUAAUGAUCAACAUGUUCAAUGAGAAGAUCUUUUUGUUCCUAUGGUUCUGGUACUUCAUGGUUGCAUUUGUCUCGGCGGUUUCAAUGUUCCACUGGAUUAUCAUUUCAUUUUUACCGGGACAGCACAUGAAAUUCAUCAGGAAGUAUUUGCGAGCAACAGAUUUGGCCACUGACAGGCAGUCGGUGAAAAAGUUUGUGCACAAAUUCCUCGGAUAUGAUGGAGUUUUCUGUAUGAGGAUGAUUUCGGCACAUGCUGGAGACAUUCUGGCCACAGAAUUGAUAGUAGCCCUAUGGCACAAUUUCAAUGAUCGGGUCAGGAAGAGUCCGAUCGAAAUGUUCGAGGGCGGUGUCACUCAGUCACCCAGUAAAAUAGACGCCAAUUUCAAAACAUGGCUUCUUGGACAGUCGAGGGGCAAGCCGCCCUUUGACGGCUCCAAUCCGACACGUGGAAAGAAGCGCCGAAAAUCGGAUGGAUACUUCACGUUCGUCUAG